UUAACUUGUUCGUUGUUCGUCGUCGUUGUGUUUUGUGUUAAUUUGUAUUUUCGCAAAAUUGAAACUUUAUUUCAUAGACGUCCAUAGCCUAAAAGUUAACUAAUUAAUAUAUUAUGUAAUACGUGAUUUUAUAUAUUUUAUUUUGUCUUUAGUUAUUUUGAUUUUCUUGAAAGAAAAUACCUAUUUCACCAUCCUCAUUGCACGUUACUUUCCGGUCGAUUUACGAUACAAUCACAAAUCAUGUCUUACCAAGAAAUCGGUGAACUGCCGCACCAAGUGAUGGUUGACGACAGUCCAGACUUCAACAACUUGGAUAUCGUGGACGAGUAUGUUUGUAAGCAGUACUAUAACGAAGACACUAUGCCUGCAUCAGUAUUAUCCAGCCACAUGAAUGAAGAAUCUUCCAAUUUGUAUUCUGAUGCAUCGUGGCUGGGUCAGCCAGUCCUGGUCGGCCCGCCGGUGCCGGUCGGCCCGCCAGUGCCAGUCGGGCAGCCAGUCCCGGGCUGCUCUCUGCUUCCGGCCUGCCCGCCAGUCCCGGUCGGCCCGCCGAAGCAAACUCCGUUCCCGGGACCGUUGAAUUUCAACGUGAAAGUUACCAGCCCCCCCAAUAAGAAGUAUCUGCAUUCCGAACGCCUGAAUAUGAUAUUCGUGGACAUGGGUUGCGCGUUCGCGGCGCAGUACAGCUGGCUCGACCGCGGCGAGCGAAUGUUCGUGCGAACGUGCGUCGUGUUCUCCGCGACGGAGCACGCCGAGAAGCGCGUGGAAUGCUGCAUGCAGCACCGGCAUGCUCCUAACGUGCCCGAAGACAUCCGCAUGAAUGUCCUGCUCUCUUCGCGGGACUUCGGCACCCAGGGAGUGUAUUACCAGGGCAACCCGGCCUCCCCAGACUCCUGGUAUUCCGUAGUGGUUGAAUUCCCGCCCUCUGCGGGCCCUCACACGCACGCCUACAAGUUUGCCUGCAAGAACUCUUGUUCCACUGGCAUUAACAGGCUGGAGAUCGCUAUUGUCUUUACACUGGAAGAUUUAGAAGGCACAGUGCACGGUCGGCAAGUGAUCGGCGCGCGCGCGUGCUCCUGUCCAACACGUGACUUACGCUCCGCAGAGGAGAAGGCGAACCCACCGCAUGCCGCGUCCAAGAAACGCAUCGCACGCGCCGCCACCAAGAAGCCUAAGAAGGUCAAGCUCGAAGCGCCUUCAGACCCGAGCGACGAUGGCCUGUUCACUCUUCCACAGGUACAAGUAGUAGGCAAGAACGUGAUGAUCACAGGCCUGGAAGUGAUGGUUAACAUGAUGGAGCAUGCCAAGACCGUCAACCACGACCCGGAGUACGCACGAGCCUGUGACUUCUGCAUUGACAACAUUAGAGCAACGCUGGAGCAAUACAGAUCGAGCAACCACUAAACGGAGUGAGCAGUACGUAGACGUAGAUGGCCAAUGUUUUACAAAAUAUCACCAGCGGUGGAUGGUGAAAGAAGUCCCUGUCAAUGUUUGACUGAUGCUUUCAUACCUAAUUUUUAAGUGACCUCUAUGGUAACACUUAUCAGGAAUUUUGUUUUCAUAUGGGUCACUUAAAAAUUAAGGAUUGAUGGUGAAAACGGGUAUGAAUACCCUGAAUAUUGUUCAUACUGCUACAAUGGACAACAUAAAUAUUCUGUCAUGUAUACUAAAUAUUGUGACUUAUUUUUAGUUGUAUCAAGUGCUAUUUACUGCAAUAAUGUGCAAGUCUGAUUUUUGAUGAUUUCACUAUACAUCUUUUUGAAUGACCAGUGCGCUCAACUUUUUUAAUAAUGGUCGAAUAGACAAUUUAGGUUUUUUUUCUACUUAGUAACUUGUUCGAACUAAUCUGCCAAAUAUUUUAUAACUUGUGGUUUUAAAGGGAUAUCUGGCAGAUAAGUCACCGGUAAAUAACAGCCUUUAUUUUUAGAGGGUUUACGCGAAUGAAAAAUCCGCCAGAUGGCAAUACGUAGACGCGAGGUCCAAAUGCUGCAUGAUUGGUUAUUUUUAACAUGACGUUGACAGAUAUGUCAAAAUCCACCAAUCACGCAGCAGUCAGACCCCACAUCCACGUCCCGCCAUCUAGCGGAUCUUUCAUUCGCGAAAACCCUCAUUGCUAGUUAGCCAUUGAAAUCUUAAUCAUAGACCAGUGAAACUGACUCUUGGUUGAAUCUACAUUUUACAAACUUGUUGGUAAAAAGGGUGUGAUAACACAACCACUGUUUAGUAAGAAUAGACUAAUAUGAACUAAGGUUUUUCUAGAAUGUAGGACUUAUAGGGUGCUAAUGUAUGUUGGCAUGGGACAACAGGCUUACUAGUUUAAAUGAAUAGUUUAUGUAAAAAUAUUAAGGUUUAUGCAUUUUGAGAAAGUAUACAAUAUUGAAGUGACUGAAAUAGCAGAAAAUAGUUGAACAGUUUUUCAGGUGUUGUGUAUUUUAUCAACUUUUUGAUUUUUUACCUCUUACAAUCAUGGAAGAAAUUUGAUAUUUCUCUAUUCCAUAUUAUUUGAUACUACCAUGUCAUAGACUUGUUUUAUUUUUGAAGUAUUUAUUACUUGCAAUAGUUGCAAUGCAUAAACUGUACACUUCAGCUGGACGUAUACAUUAGUAUUUAGCGCAUUGCAAACUAUUUUUAUACGUAUUUGAAAUAUGUUAAAGAAUAAAUUUGCUUGCGCCUAUAAUAUUUGCUCAAAGAGAUAAAUGUUUGAAAGGAACAACUUGCGAAGAUGGAUAUAGUCACUGCUUUAGGGGAUUUUUGUAUGAAAUUAUUCAAAAGUGCCAUAUGUAAACGUCUUGCUGGAUUUCUUACUAUUAUUCUUAAGUUCCAUUGUAGUUGUUUCGCUAUUUUAGAAUAGAUUUUACAAUAUUUAAAGUACAUUAAGUAUUUCAAUACUUUUUAAGUUUAUUUAAUUAUUGUGUACAUAAAGUCAAGUGGCUACAAACAAAGUAUAACACCAAUUUAACAAUAAGUACAACUCGGAGAUUCUUAGAUCUUAAACCGCCAGAGAUUAUUGUCAUAGUCUAAAUAUGUUUUUCAUAAAUAUUACAGUUAUCUACUGUUUUUCCGUGACACACAAUCUGUUGUCAAUUGUAGUUUAAAAAAAAAUUAAAUUAAUAUUGUAUAAAUUGCCUGUCUGAAGUCGGGAUUUAUUAUUAUGAUAUAAUUUGAAAAAUCACCUUUUUGAAGACACAAACAUUGGCGUUACUUUUAUAAUAUAAUUCUAGUGUUUUCUAUGAAACUACACGCACAUUGAUUUCUAAGUAACAAUAUCUUCUUCCACACUGAUGUAAAGAUGACGAAAAACUUGAAGGCAAAGCCCUACACAUUUCUAGUUAUAUGGGAAGUAGGUAUUGAUAUUUGUAAAAAAUUAAAAUGCAUUUAUUUCUGAUCAUGAAGCCAUUAAGCUAUGCCUUUACAAGUAUUUUAAUUGUUAUUUCAAUGUUUCAAUGCUCAUUUGUUACUGUUAAAUAACCUACCUUUUUUAAAUUAAAGCCUUUGUCUUAAAAAACAUUUUCUAUGAAUAACUUUUAUUUGAGAUUUUUUGGUAAAUGGAUUUAUGUAGCUCUGAUGGUUUUGGAGAUGCAUAUCGCUAUUGAAUAAUUGACUCUCAGUUAACAAAGUUAUGUUGAAAUGUUAAAUUGUUGACCAUGUUAAUUAGAUUUGACAGUGCCUUUGAAGUAAACUUAUAAUUACUGAAUUUUGGAUUUGACUUUACAAUUGUAUUUUAUAUUUAGUUAGAAUAUAGAUAAUUUGUUUUAUUAUGAUAGAAAUAAGAAUUAUGAAUAAUAUAAUUAUAAUAUAGCAAUUUUAGUUAUUAUUAUUAUGAAUGUCAUGACUUCUCUAAAAGGAAGUGGUUAUGUUUUGUAUUAAAAUGUUUCUUCCAUCAUUGUAUUCAAUAGUGUUGUGGCUGAUUUGUUUAUGAU